UUCGGCUUCCCUUAAAGGGGCCCGUUUUGCGUUUGGUGACUUCGGCCCAGCAGCCGCAGCUCCGGACGCCAUGGCGGAGAAAUCGAAGGCAUCGAAUGAGCCGUGGAGCCCGAGCUGCCUCAAUGACUUCUGGAGCCUGCUGGGCUGUGAGGAUGAGAAGCUAAAGCAGAUCCGGAGGGAAAGGAGGCUGGACCUGCUUCAGUCCCUGCGCCGGGCGAGCUCCAAGCAGGCCUGUGACAGCCCAACCGAAGAGGACCAGCGCCUCCGCUCCUUCUGCUGCCAGCGCCGGCGUCGGAAGGCUUCGCCGCCCAAAGCGAGGCCGGAUGCGGCGGCCACGCCCUGGGUCUGGAACCCCAAGCCGGAGGAGGACGAGCUGGCGCUGGAGUGGAAGAUCGUGGAGCACGAGCUGGACGCGGAGUCUCUGCGGCGGCUCAGGGAGUUCCGGCAGGCCGUGGCCGCGGCGGGGCUGGACGCCCACGAGGCCUGCUGCAAGGCGCCGAUUGCGCAGCGCCCGGGCACGCUGCUGCGGUACCUGCGGGCGCGGAACUGGGACUUGGCGGCGGCCACCAAGAUGCUGCAGGACGCCCUCGACUGGCGCAGGGAUUUCCGGCUAGAUGAGAAGCUGGACGCCUGGCGCGCAGAGUGGCGCGACGGCUCCUCCGGAAGGGCCAGACUCUGGAGGAAGUACGGCUAUAUCAAGUACGCGGGCCUCGAUUUCGAAGGUCUUCCGGUGUACCUGCACCGCACCAGCCAGUGCGACGCCAACGGAUUGGUCCGCGAGGGCGGCCUCGAGACUUUCAUCCUCUAUCACUUGGUCAUCCUGGAAGACAGCUUCAACGCUGCGCAGGAGCGGAUGAUGAAGACGGGCAAGCUGAUCACCAGCUUCCUGGAGAUCUACGACCAAGGCGACUACGGCCAAGUGGAUGGUUACCUCCGGCGCGGGAUGAAGGCCUUCGAGCCCUACAAAGCGAUGAUCCCGAUCCUGGACAAGGUCUACCCUGAGAGGAUACGCGUGGCCUUCGUCCUGAGGUGUCCGUACGUCUUCGCCUCUCUGUGGCGCGUGGUGGAAUCCUUGCUGCCUCCGGCCACGGUGAAGAAGAUCCGCAUCAAGGGCUACCCUGCGAAGACCUUCGUUUCAGAGAUCAAGGAAUACAUGCUGGAGUCCAACCUCCCACCGCACCUGCGCAGCGACGAUCGCUCCCUCUUGGCGGCGGCUGAGCCUUGGGGCGGCUGGGUGCCGGUUGGCGCCGGGGACGAGUGAGACCUCGCGCGGGGCUGGCGGAACUGGGCGCGGCUGUGGAGGGAUCCGCUGUUGUGGGUUUGGUUU